UCAAUGUCAUUAGUCAAUAGUUCAAAGGUUUUUACAUUGUUUUAAUUUUUUGUGGAUUGAAUUGUAAUUUUAUUGUUUCAAUGUGAGGUUCGCAAUAAACAUUAAUUAACAAAUAAUCGGAUCAUUGCGUUUUAUUCAAUACAACAUUUUGUAAUAUUUAGGUGCAUAAAAUAAUAAUAUAAUUAAAUAUUUACCAGUAUUUAGGUCUCGAACUCAAAACAUGAGCGCAAUUAAUCGGAAGAACAAUAGAGCACAAAAUGUCCAAGAUUCACACAAUACUGCAUCUAAAGUGCCAGUUUUAUCAACAUCUACAGCUUUAAUUCUCGUUCUUAUUAUAUUUUUGUCUUCCCUUUUGACAUUGAGCUUUAUUUAUAGGCAGUUUCCUGAUUUAGAUGACCAGGAAAAACAGCAUAUAAAGUUACCAUGGGAUCUGGAAGAGGCCAAACAACUUGGUCUUGUUUUAGAUAGAUACAAAGACAAGUACUUUUAUGAAGUAUUAUUGGGAGUAAUCUUAGUAUAUAUAUUUUUGCAAACAUUUGCAAUUCCAGGGUCAAUAUUUCUCAGUAUUCUAUCCGGAUUUCUAUUUCCGUUCUAUUUAGCAUUAAUUUUGGUUUGUUGCUGUUCUGCUAUAGGAGCGAGUUUAUGUUUCUUUUUAUCUAAUUUACUUGGGAAGAGAUUGGUGAAGAAAUUUUUUCCCGAAAGAGCCGCACAGUGGUCAAAAGCUGUUGAGAAGCAUAGAAACAACUUGCUCAGUUAUAUUAUAUUUUUGAGGGUGACACCAUUCUUACCUAAUUGGUUUAUAAAUAUGUCCGCACCAGUGAUUGGUGUACCUCUUGUGCCAUUUGCAUUAGGAACCUUUAUAGGUAUAGCCCCACCUUCAUUUGUGGCCAUACAAGCAGGGCAGACUUUACAUACAUUGACUUCAACAAGGGAUGCAUGGUCAUGGACUUCCAUAACAGUCCUUAGUUUGUUUGCCCUAGUGUCAUUAGUACCUGUAUUAUUAAAGCAAAAACUAAAAGAAAAGUUUGAAUAACUAUUUAUAAUUUUUAGUUAAUUUAUUUUAGACAAAUUAAUACAAAUGGGUUUGAUUAAAUGUUUUAACAUUCCAAGUGGAGUGUAUUGUUUGAG